GCAGCAUUCAGUCUUGUCUCGGGCCACAUCCCAUGGCUCACGCCUCUUCUUCUAAGAAAGGCGUUAAAGAAAGCCCAUCCAGACCGUCAGUUGAAGAACGGGAACGUCUUCUUCAAGCCAGCGACGGGUACGAUGACGGCUAUUACGAGAAACCGACAGGUUCUGGGUUCUACGACGGCAAGCGUUCCAUUGACGACGGCGACGACGACCUUGAACGGGAUUCAACCGGCUGGUCUCGAAAGAAAAUCAUAACUGCAGCUUCCAUUCUGAUUGGGCUGCUUAUCCUUGGAGUUUUCGCGCGUGCGUUGCUACGAGUAUCAUCGAUUCCAACAGGACAAGACCAUCCCAACUUGGCUUUUCAUGGUCAGACCCUUCGUUCGAAUGGGACACAUGAUUUCAAGAGGACGGUCUUGGUUGUUUCUAUUGAUGGUUUGCGCGCGGAUUACCUGGAUAGAGGCUUAACCCCUCAUUUGUUGGAUAUCGCUAAGAAGGGGUUGAGGGCGAAGUCUAUGAUACCUGUAUUUCCCACGUUGACCUUCCCUAAUCAUUGGGCAUUAAUGACUGGUCUACAUGCAGAGACGCAUGGAAUAAUAGCGAAUAACUUUUGGGACCCAGCGUCUAAAACUGAAUUCCAUUACAACGAUAUUUCGUCUGCUUGGGUUUCCGAGUUUUGGUUGGGAGAACCUAUGUGGGAGACGGCUGGAAAGGCGGGGGUGAUUACUGCCAAUUUGAUGUGGCCCGGACCUCCCAAGACUACCUCAGGAGCUUCUCCUACAUAUUUUGUGCCAUGGAAGGACAAAGUUUCGUUGCGUACCAAGCUGAACCAGAUUUUAGCUUGGAUAGACUUACCCCUCGAAGAACGACCACAAUUGAUUAUGGCGUACGAACCAUCUCUCGAUCAAGCCGGACACCUAACUGGACCGAUGUCGGAAUUGGUUAAUCGAACCCUGGAGACAGUCGACACAUUCGCUCGUCACUUACACGACUCACUCGCCCAACGCAAUCUAUCCGAGAUUGUAGACGUUGUCUUCGUCAGCGAUCACGGAAUGGCGGACACUUCUCAUCCUACGCAUAUCUAUGUCGAUGACGAUGAUGUGCUUGGACUUGAUGGACUUGCUGCUGUGGAACACGAAGAUGGGUGGCCUGCUAUGGGGUUGAGAUUUAACACGCCUGCGAAUGAGAGUUAUUAUCUCGACAAGUUGUUGAAAGCUGAGAAGAACCGGAAGGAAGCUGAUAAGACGAAAGGAUUCCAUGUGUAUACGAGAGAGACGAUGCCCGAGAGAUGGCAUUUUGCGAAGCAUGAGAGGAUUGCACCGGUUUGGAUUGUACCGAAGUUGGGGUAUGUGCUUACCACCAGGGAGCAAGGGAAUGUUGGGAUGAGUAAAGGGAACCAUGGGUACGAUAACCAUGAAAAGUCGAUGCACGCGAUGUUUGUCGCCCACGGACCUUUUUCUGCUGUCGUCAAGUCUUUACACCAGUCUUGGAGUAUGUCUGCGAGAUUUCCGAGAAGCCUUCUACCAUGGAAGAACAAAGGAUGGCAUUCGACAUCGGACGAUACAUAUGUUAUGGACCGGUUUAGAAAUGUGGAGAUAUAUGGAUUGGUUAUGAAGCUGUUGGGGAUUGAAGAGCUUGCUGCGAAGACGAAUGGGACCAAUGGGUUUUGGGAUAAGUAUUUUUGAGUUAUGGGUAGAAUCCUCAUUUAUGUUACUCGUAGAGUAUUAUUUACUUGUUUCUCGCACUGGAUUCUUCGCUUCAAUCAC